AUGCCGGGAGAGCUGCGAGCCGAGAUGGAGCGUAAACUGAUAGAAAAUCCGAUGAGAGACGAAGCCUUUUUCCAAAUGAGUUUUGAUGAGUUCUCGCGCAAAACAUAUGGUCCUCGCAAACAGAUUGAUCGCCAAAACAAUCUGAGACAAGAACAAUUUCCAAGACAACAUCAAUUUAUGGCACAACAACAAGCUCGCGCGGAAUCCCACCAUCAAUAUUAUCAUGGCAGGGCAUCUCAACGUGACCAAAUUGGCACGGUCCCUGCCAAUCAGAAUUUCCUCCAUCAUCGCCCGGCUGUUACCGAUAAACAAGACAUGCCUGCCGAUCAACAGAGAGUCUUGUUUCCGCAGGCCCAGGCUAGGGCUACCAAGGACCAGAAUAGCUACUACCAUCAUCGUAGCUGCGAAUAUUGA